AUCAAGGCUUGGUGACUUGAUGCUAAAAUCAGCAUUGACAACGGGCGGACUUGAUCAAGUAGGGGCGACUUGACAAGAACAAUCAACUGUGACAGCAGGCAGCGUGCGGCAAACAAGUUCGUGGCGAUGUCAAGGAAAUUUAUAGCACAACACAGCUGGUUAUAAUGGCGUUGGAGCUUGGCACAAUGCAGCUGGAUAUAAUGGCAUUGGGCCGAUCCAAGACUAGACACAAAAUUGGGUAGCAGCUGGCCAAGAAAAUGCGCACAUGUGGUGCACAUGAUGCAGUUGGCGGUUACAACUACCCAUGUCCAGGAGUUGCUGAUUAUAUGGCUAAGUCUUUGCACGUUUUUGGAGCAUGUUCUAUCAUGUUCCACACGUUUUGAUCAUGGGGAUCAUGUCCUAUCAGUUGGGGGAUGUCAACUGAAUAUAGGAAACACUUUUAGGCUGACUACACUAUAUAUAUGUGUGUUAGCAGCCUUAAAAACGGGCUAAGUACCUAGGGAGGGAAAAUGUCUGAAAGAUAGACAUAGGGUUGUCUAUUUUAUGGCUUGAGCAUGGCAAAAUAUGUGCCAUUGCCUUGCCAAACGAGUGGCAGCACGAGCGGCCUUAGGUAGGGGCUUUUAUAGGGCAGAUUCGUGCAAGUGUAGGCCACUUUUGUGAGUUGGUGCCUGCCAAAGGUGGCAGCACCUUGCCUAACUCGAGAAUUUCCUUUGUAAUUGAUUUAUUAUAAAAGGUUGGGAAAGAGUUCCCGUAAAUCUGUGUUGCCUUUGUUUAUUCAUGUUGCCUUAAAUUGAUUCUAAGUGUUAAACCUCGGAAGCGAACGAAAAUCGGGUAAGGCUGAGGUCAAGUGGGGACUUGACUGCCGCACAGCUGGCAGCAUUUUCGGCAGACAGAAAACGCCCCUGUGACAUAUAGCAUCUUUCUCCUAUGCUAUUCUAUUGCAGGGUCCAAAUGGAACGUUGUGGACACUGGGUUCAUUCACGGAGGCUUUCACUAAGGAAUUGAAGUCAUAUCCUUUGGAAUUUUGGUCAAUAUGUAUCAGAGCUUAUGUUUCUUUCAAUUAAUGGUAAGUUAAGGUUCCAAAAGUUGUUCCUGACUGUUGCAUACAGAAGCUGAGAAAGUUGUUGCCUUUAAAAGUAUUGUUGCACAUCAUAGUGGACUUUCAGUUAAUACUGAAGUCACUCAAAAGGAGGCUGACGAGAGCCUGAACGACGUUUUAUGUGCUACGAAGCCAGUCAGAAUCUCAAACAAGAGCUUGGUUGAUUAUAUCUUCAUGCAUGCUUUGGUGGUGUCUCAAAAUUUUGACUUGCCAAUGCAGAUAGACACAGGGUAAAAAUGUACAUAUAGGGCACUUAAUUUUCUUCCUAUCUUCCCUCUAUUUGACUAGGUUUAGAGUCUUUGAGCUUCGUGUUACAUGUAAAAUUUUCGUAUAUGAGAUUAAAAGCCAAAUGACGGACAACAGCAAUUUGGUUUUUUAAGUACCUUCCUAGUUCCUCAAGAGUACAUGGUUUUAUCUUUUUCAUUACAGUUUUGGGGACAAGGAUUUGGAUCUGAGGCCAGCCAAUCCCCUUAAUCUUCGCAAUCUUCUCGAGGAUAAGAGAUUCACUAAGAAUCGAUUAGUGCUUUUACAUGCAUCUUUACCCUUCAUAAAGCAAGCUUCAUAUCUUGCUUCCGUGUACCCUCAAGUAUGUUCUUCUCUAUCUAAAACUAUUAAUAACAUGUAUCUCUGAUGAUAAGACACAACUUUUAAUUGGAGUAUUUGGUGUAACCUGCCACAUUGGAGAGUUCUCCACAUACAUAUGAUGAGGAUUGUAUGUUUGUUUGUCUCCCUAACAGCGUAAACUUCUGAUAUAUUACAGGUCUAUCUUGAUUUUGGGUUGGCGAUACCUAAACUUAGCUUCCAAGGGAUGGUAUCCUCAAUGAAAGAAAUUCUAGAGCUCGCUCCAAUGAAUAAGGUCAUGGUCAACACGGGUGGCAUCGCAUUUGCUGAAAGAUUUUAUUUAGGUGCGAAGAAAGCACGUGAAAUGGUGUUCAAAGUUCUAUGGGAUGCGUGCAUCGAUGGUAAUCUUUCAAUUACAGAAGCUCUUGUAGCUGUCAAUGAUAUUUUUGCCCAAAAUGCAAAGCAAUUCUACAAGCUUGAUGCUUCUUCAAGAUAUUCCGAUGCAGAAUCUCAGUCUUUAUCAUCUCCUUUCCAAAAGGAAGAGUUAAAUGGCCCAUUGACAGAUGUUAAACUUGUUCGCCUUAUGUGGUUAGAUUUCUCUGCGCAACAUAGAUGUCGUGUUGUUCAGCAACAUCGCUUCUACAGUUAUGUGAAAAACAUGGUCUUGGCUUAACUGUUGAAUGUAUGGCAUUGAGUUCAACAUCUGAUAAUCUCUCUGAGG